UCCCACAACCACAAGGCCCGGCAAAAUGGGGCACCUGCAGAUGCUCCAAGCUAGGGUGUCUUAUUCGUCCAUCGAUCUUCUCCUUUAAACAAGUCUAUAAUAGACAUGCGCCAUCUAAAUUCUAACCACAAAGCUAGCUAGCACAAGAGAGCCCAGGUUUGCAUGCAGCUGCUGCUCGUAUACGUAGCAAUGGCAAUGGCAAUGACCACGGGCCCUGCAGCCAAUGUCCAUCAGUUGAAAGAUGAUCUGCCAUGGAGCAGCAAGGAGGAUGCUAUGGAGCUGGUUCCCAUGCCCAAGCGUACCCCGGCCAGCAUAAAUCCAGUGCUGCUAUCAUCAGCCUGCUCAGGCUCCUCAAAGGAACUGACUUGUCUUUUUAAGCAGGAAGAUGAAGGAAGGCCACCUUCCAUGGUUCCUUCUAGGGAAUUUAUCAACUCCAUAAUGAAAGGCGGCAGCAGCAGUGAUGAAGAUGAUGUAGAAGAGGGCAUUGACCAGCAGCCUGUUUUGCCUGCAGCAGCACCACCACUUCUCAAGGGCGUCACCAUGGCGGGGGACACCGCACUACAUGCGGUCGCCAGCCAUGGGGACGAUGAAGAAUUCUUCAAGUGUGCUGACAUCAUCUACGAGAGGGCCAAGCACCUCCUGUUUGCCAAGAACAACAAGGGUGACACGCCCUUGCAUUGUGCUGUCCGUGCUGGAAAAUCCAGAAUGGUCUCUCAUCUCAUUGCUCUAGCUACAAGUGAGGAUGAUCAUAGGAAGCACAAGCUGUUGAGGGACGUGAAUGGCCUUCAGGAGACGGCCUUGCAUGACGCUGUCCGCAUUGGAGAUGAGAAGAUGGUCGAGAAGCUAAUGGAGCUUGAUCCUGAACUGGCUAAUUAUCCUAAAGACCAAGGUGUUUCACCAUUAUACCUAGCCAUCUUGUUGUACAAACACAGAAUUGCACAAACAUUACAUCGCCAGAGUAACGGGAAUCUCUCGUAUUCUGGACCUAAUGGACAAAAUGCGUUGCAUAUUGCGAUUCUUCGACCCCCAGGGAUGACAAAACUGGUAUUAGAAUGGAACAAGCUCCUUACCAUAGAAAGGGAUGGAGAUGGAAGUACACCUCUUCACUUCGCUUCGUCGCUGUAUUAUGUGUAUUAUGAUGAUGCUUUUAUGUCAAUGCUCAAGGAAGUAUUCAAAGCGAAUCCAGCAGCAUUGUGUCAAGCAGACAACAAGGGAUUUUCCCCCAUACAUGUCGCUGCCUCUGUAGGUUCCAUAAGUAUCAUAGAAUUUUUCCUUGCAAAGUGUCCCAACAGUGCGGGACUCUGCGAUGCUAAAGGAAGGACAUUUCUUCAUGUUGCCGUUGAGAACGACAAGUUGAAGAUGGUGAGGUUUAUUUGCGGAACUUCAUCUUUUGAUUGGAUUUUGAAUAUGCAAGACAAUGACGGGAACACUGCACUGCACUUAGCCGUCCAGGCUGGGAAAUUCAGGAUAUUUUGUACUCUAUUAGGAAAUCGAAAAGUGCAGUUGGAUUUACCAAAUAACUGCGGGGAAACUCCCUAUGAUAUAUCCAGAAGCAAGCUUCCACGCGGAAUGGGAUAUUAUGUGAACACUGAGAACCAAAUAUGUAAGACCUUGCGGGUCGUUGGUGGUGGUCACCGCAGUGCCCUUCGCUGGGAUAAAAGUGAUGAAAAGUAUAGUCGCCAUGUAAAACCAGAGGACAUAUACAGAGAAUCAGAGAAGGUGAAAGGUGCAACAGAAACGCUUUCCAUUGGUUCAGUUCUGAUAGCAACGGUGGCGUUCGGUGUAACUUUUGCCCUUCCUGGAGGUUACAGAGCCGAUGAUCACACGAAUGGAGGCACACCAACACUUGCUGGCACCUUUACAUUUGACGCAUUCAUGAUGGCCAACACAUUAUCUUUCAUUUGCUCCUCGGUAGCUACCAUUGGUUUCAUGUUCUCUGGGACUUCCAUUGUUAACUUGACCAGCCGCAAACUCAACUUGGUGAUAUCGGUGUUUUUCAUGUCAAGUUCUGUCGCAAGCAUGGCAGCUGCUUUUGCACUGGGUGUGUAUAUGGUGCUAGCUCCGGUUGCUCAUAAAACUGCAGUUGCGAUCGCUGUUGUUAUUCCAUUUGGAGGGCUAUUGUCAUGUGCGGAGGAGCUAGGGAAAUGGUUUCUUCUAGUCCGGCCAUUACGUGUUAGGAGUGGAUUCAGAGUAAUUGGAACGGUACGGGUGCUAAGUCAGUUCUUUACCAUAGCAUUGCGUGCUCUUUGGCCCUUCGUAGUUAUCUUUGGUUGGGCUGCAUUGGCAAGGAGCCACCGCUAAUGUGAAGAACAUGAUGUCCGAGGUAUGAUGCUCGCAGGUGACAGAGUGGGCACCAGGUUCAGGCUUUCUUCUUACGUUACCGUAAAUCAUCACAAUUGUCGCUGCUGCUUGCUUGCGCCCAACUUGUGUUACUACAAAUUAUGGUAUUUGGUUUGUUGUGCUGGUUUGUAACAUUAUUGAUUUUGCGGUUCAUCAUAAGUGUGUGUGUGCUUGUCCAGAACUUGUGUUAUGGAAGUAGUAGUAUUUGGUUUGUUGUGCUGGUUUGUGUCAACAUGUAUGUAUGUAAGAUAUUUAGGAGAGUUUUAUUUAAA